AAAGCGCUUCUGAUUGGCUCGUCCAUAAAUUAGUCUCGCCGAGGUAAUAUCUACUGCAUGCUUCUCUUAAUAUUGUACUUAAAGAUUAGUAAUGUUCAAGAAAAAUAAAAUUAGUAAAACUCAAAAUAAUAAACCAGUGAACUUACCCAUAUCAAAUUUACCAGUUUUUGGUAGUGAAUCGAAAAUAAUCACUCAUAGAAAAUGUGUACAUGAUGGAGCUCCACUGUCUGUUGCAUCAUUUCAACCAAAUGCAAAGCCAUUUAUAAUCAGUUCAUCAUUUAUUCCUACUAGUUCCACAUUGUCCUCUUCAUUGUAUAUGGAAAACUUGUCAGUAAGGAUUUGGGAAUUAUAUAGUAGCUCAAGACAAAGUCCUUUAAAAUAUGAAAAGAAAGUUCAUCUACUUAAUGCUUUAUAUAUGGUUAUAUCAGGAGUGUUCGAAAAUGCUGGCCUGUAUAUUGUUGGCUCUUCAAUAAAUGGUUUCGGUUCAAAUCAAAGUGAUAUGGAUAUGUGUUUACUUGUAACAUCACGCGAUUUGCAUCAGAAAAAUGAAGCUACGUUUAUAUUAAGUCGACUUUUACAAUCUUUAAGAAAAUGUCUUGAUUGGCGUGUUAGACCAUUGGGAAUUUUCAUUAAACAUUGGGCUCAAUGUUUGGAUAUUCAUGAUGCUCAACGUGGUCGUCUAUCCACCUAUUGUUUACUUCUAAUGCUUAUUCAUUAUCUUCAAACCGCUUGCAUUCCACCAAUUCUACCUAAUUUGCAAGAAAAGUUUCCAAAUUUAUUUAAUUACACCAUGGAACCAUAUGAAUUAGAUAUGAAUAUUGAACUUCCAUGGAAUGAAUUACAAUCAAAUAAUUCUAGUAGUUUAGCUGAAUUAUUUACUGGAUUUAUUUAUUAUUAUACAAAUCAAUUUGAUUUUAAUAAAUGGGCUAUUACAAUUCGUCAUAAAACACCAUUAAUGAAACAUAUAGCUAUGAAACAUUUACCAUCCUAUGAACAAGGUUAUAUUGUACGAAAUUGUAAAAUUUUCAUUGAAGAACCAUUCUCUCAAGCAAAUGCUGCACGAUCAGUACAUUCUGAUAAUAUUGUAUCAUAUAUUAAACAAGCAUUUAUUAAAACAAAUGAAAUUCUCUCUGAUCAAUAUCCUUUAGAAUCAAUUAUGAAUAUAAGAAACAAUUGAUUUAUAUUGAUUAUUGGGAUAAAGAAAAAUAUCGAUUAAAUAAUAUUAAUAAUAAUAUGUGAAUAUUUAUACUCGAUGAAGAAUGUUGUUGGCUGACGGUGUAUACUCUUCCACGAGGGGUAACCGUUGUAUGUAUGUAAGUAAGUAAGUGAAUAUGUAAUAUACUCACAUUUCAUUAUAUCUAUAAACUGUCAUUAGUCAGGAACUAAUUCAAUGAUGAUAUUUGUAUUCUUACAAAGUUCUUGUUUACUACUUUGUACAUUCCCUGAAUAAGACAUUUUGAUACAUAACUCUCUAUUUUGUUUUGUAUAGAUAAACGUUUCAAUGUUCCUUUCAUUAAAAAAAACACAAGUUGAAUAGUGUUAAUGUAAAAUACACUCGUUGAGUUCUUUCAUCAUCAUCAUCAUCAUCAUAUAGAGGAUCUUUGUAUUUGUUUUUGUGUUUCUUUUAGUUUUUUUUAUAAAAUUCAUGUCAAUGAUCGUACAUAUCUAUCUGUCUAUCUUUGUUCUAUUCAACUUGAUCAUUGAACAAAUAACUUGACUUGUUUGUUUUAACUUAUUCAUUUCCAUAUUCCUUUUUUAACGGGGUCAAAUUCAAAUUUCUAAUAAUAAAAACAAAUCAUUUGUGAUCUUUCUUUCUGUCUGAAGAAGCAGAAGAAGUGAAUUUAAUGUUGAGUCGUUUAUCUGUCAAAUGUGUUAGGUCACAAGUUCGAGCCCCCCACUUCAGCCUCAGUCAGUCAGUCAGCUAGAACGUAGGACCACGCACAUAUUUGCAUCGUUCCAAGUUGCCAUAACACAUCAGCACAGCAAGAUGAACAUCGGAUUCAUAGAAGUAGUUAAUUCAAUGGUGGUAAUAUAUAUAAGGAAUGUUGUGUAUAAAUAUAUAGUACAGGAAUAAAGGGUUACGUAGAAAGAUAUGAAACGAUUGUAAUCUCAUAGUUUAAAGGAAAACAAAGAGUGUAUACACCUACGUCAUUGUGUUCGAUUCUGAGCCAUGUCGCCAAGAGUCUCCAACCAUUGGUUA